UAUGCGCGAAUUCUAAAAGAAUGAUUUUAACGCAGAUUUGAGAUGAAAGAGUAUACUCGUAUCGCAAUAUUUAUCUUAAUAGUAAGCUUAUAUCAAUAUAAAUGUCAUGAUUUCAGUGGUCAAAAUGCCCCGAAAAGUUUUGCAGGGUAUUCUGUAUUUCGAGCUGUUCCAGUCGAUGAAACUGACUUAGAAAAUCUAAAGUCACUUGCAGAAAAAGAAGAAUAUGAACUUGAUUUUUGGAAGCAUCCAAAAGAAGUGAACCAGGCAGUUGACAUAAUGGUACCGCCAGACAAAAUACAAUUUAUAGAGCAAUUUUUAGUAGCCAACAGAAUACCAAGAACAAUUAUGAUGUUCGAUGUUGAAAGAUACAUAAUCAAGGAGAAGAUUGAAAUGUCUGCACCAUCUUUCCUAAUUGGAAGAGAUAGUAAUGCCUUCUUUACGAAUUAUAAGGGUUUAAAUGAAAUUUUUAAAUUUCUGGAAGAUACAGUCGCUAUGAACCCGAAUAUCGCUGAAAUUAUAUCCAUUGGAGUAUCUACCGAAGGGAAUGAUUUGAAAGUCAUUAAAAUUGGAUCGAAAAGCAAUUCGACAAAACCAGCCAUUUGGAUCAACGGCGGUAUCCAUGCAAGGGAAUGGAUAAGUCCUGCAACAGUUUCUUUUAUUGCUCAUAGUCUGGUCAUUGAGUAUGACAAUCAUGACGAUGUUAAGGAAAUGGUUGAUUACUUUGACUGGUACCUUCUACCAGUAUCCAAUCCAGACGGUUACGUUUACAGCCAUACUUUCAACAGAAUGUGGAGGAAAUCUCGAACAAGAGCUCAAAUAUUUUGUCGAGGAGUCGACUUGAAUAGAAAUUUUGGUUUUCAUUGGAGAGAAGGUGGAUCUAGUGCUAGACCAUGCAGUGAUACAUUUGCUGGUUCCAGAGCAUUUUCAGAACCAGAAACCAAAGCUAUUUCUGAUUACAUUCUAAAGCAGAACAAAAGAUUUGUCGCAUUUCUCGAUAUUCACUCCUACUCACAGUUAUGGCUCACUCCUUGGGGUUGGACAAAUAGCUUACCCAACGAUUAUGACGACAUGAUUGAAGUUGCGAAUGAAGCAACAAAAGCACUAUACGAUGUUUACGGAACAAAAUACAGAACUGGAUCGUCCACAAAUGUUUUAUACGUGGCAACUGGUGGUUCUGAUGACUGGGCUUAUGGAAUAGCCGGCAUAAAAUAUUCAUACACAAUCGAGCUUCGAGAUACGGGAAGGUAUGGUUUCAUGCUUCCUUCUGAACAAAUUAUUCCCACUGGAGAAGAAACAUGGGCGGGCAUUAAAGCCAUGGCUAGAGCAAUACAAAAGAAACUAUAGGAACAUUAUAUAUGUCAUCCAUUGUUUUAGACUGUGCACAUUUUAACUUAUUAAUAAACACUUUACUGUCUUUC